CUUUGAGAAGAAGGCCAGGGUGCUUGGCGAAGAAAAUGGCGGACGGAUGGAGGCAGAAAAGACCAUUUGAAGUUUUUCAUGGAUGAAACUGAGCAGAGAGCUACCUCGAGGUCAGCGUUGAACUCCAAGGGAAGCUAUAAAUGUUUUGGCUUUGGAUACAAUGGCUUUGCUCAGCUCAGUGCCCAUAAGACUGUCAGUAAAGACAACGAGACUCCUCAACCCUCGUCUAGUGUAGUUCCAUCUCCUGUUCCUUUGGAUGUUGAUUGUGUCAGUAGUAUUGUGGCAUCGUGGUCGUGCUCAUUUUAUUUAAAAGAAAAUGGAACAGUCAGUACAACAGGAUGGAUCUCUAGAACAAAAGAAGUUGGGGAAGUGGUUAAUCUUCCAGAUCGUUUUGUUACUGAUGCAUGUUGCAGCUGGAUACAACUUGCAUUUCUUACAAAGGAUGGAGACUGUUUGCUGUGGAGCAAUUAUACAAAUGGAACAUCAAAACCUGUUCAAGUCAAGUGUGAUGGUACAAAAUUCAAAGCAGUGGGCUGCAGGGAAUCAAGUUGCAUACUUGUAACAGAAACUGGACAGGUUGGUUUCAUAGCUAAUGGACAAGAUCAAGAUGGCAAUGAUACGAAACCAGUUCUGGUGUUCAGGCCAAUAGAGAUUGCCAAACAGGUAACAUCAGUUGCUUGUGGUAAAGAACAUGCUUUACUAUUGACAUCAUUAGGAGUUGUACACAGUCUUGGAAGUGGCAGUCGUGGGCAGCUUGGGCGUGGCUUGCUAGUUGAAGAGCAAGGCCCAGAAGUUGUUCCAGCCCUGGAAGGAAUUAGGAUUCAGUUUGUAGCUGCAGGUGGCUGGCAUUCAGCUGCAAUAAGUGAGUUUGGUGACCUGUACAUGUGGGGAUGGAAUGAAAAAGGACAGUUGGGUUUGGGUGUCAAUCAUGAUGACAGAAAGUCAUCCAGUGGCCAGGUUCAGUGCCAGACAGUCCCUGUACCAAUCAACUUCCCUGAUGAUUUAGAGGUGAUGACAGUCAGCUGUGGAACAAGGCACUCUGCUGCAGUCACUGGUGAUGGAAGUGUCUGGACUUGGGGGUGGGGCUAUUAUGGCCAACUCGGACACGGAGACCUAGAGGACAGAUCCACACCGACUCAGGUGGCGGCCUUGUCUUCAAUGAAGCUCAAACCGAAGACGCUGUGUUGUGGCGCUUGGUCGACAUUUGUUAUCACUGCAAAGUGAUUCUUCGUCUAAGAAAACGUGUCUUAAAUAUUUCUGAGCAAGAUCUAGUCGUCUUAUUGCAUGGCGGGUUUCUUAAAGCGUCACAAAGCAAACUAAGCUAUAUCACACGUUUUGUAGAACAGCACUCGACAGAGCUCCGGAACCCGUAAAGACGGAAGGAUGGCUAUCCUAAACGAGGAACAAAAUGGAUCACAAUGUGAACAAACGUUGUCACGUAGAACUAACGUUUUCAAGUUGCACAGCAAUUUCUUGUCGCAGUUGAAAACAUAACUGGAAGAACAAGUGACAAGUAUGUCCAGGAAUGCGCGGUCAAGGCGAGAAUCAUUCUUUGUUUCCCCCCUCCCCCACCCCACCCUAUCACACAUACACACAAUGCUUGCGAACUAGGCUUACCCUGUCAUAGUUGUCUAUGACCAGCAAGUUAGCAACCCUCUUUGUAAGAACAGUGAUUUCAAACAUCGUCCGUGCACUCUGUCUGCGCGGGGCUGUACGUCAAACGUCCAACACAAGUACCAGAAUUGCCAUGUCUUUAUUAAAUUUAUUUUCAAUGUUUAUUUACCGUAAAGAUUCAAUUUAGCACCCUAAUUUACUUUUGGUAUCUCAAAGGAGAGCACUUAUUGUAGAGGGGCGCUUAUCAGGGACAGGGCCACGUAGUACCACGUUGAGAUGUAGACGUUCAAAGAAAAGGGGGGCUCAUUUCUUCUUGAACGUCUACAUCUCAACGUGGUACAAUACUUAAAUGAAACAUAACAGGUUCUUAAACUCAAGAACUGUAACAGUAACAUAUAUCUACUUGCAAUAGGAACUCCGAUAGUCAAAAUGUUCAAUAUAAUAAUAUUGCGUUCAGAUGAGAAAGCAGACUUCAUAGUUCAUUCGGCUAAUCAGUCUGUAAAAUAUAUGCAAAACAAAAACAACAAAAGAGAAAAACUUCCAAAGAUUCCGCCGUGUCCUCCAAAACCAAUACGCAGGGAAACGAAGAAAUAAAAUAUUUUGUAGUGAAA